AUGGAACCUAGUCCCAGGGUGAGCGAUGAAGGACGUGACCAUAAGGACCCCCUCCUCCUGGACCUUCUCCACAACGCACGGUCCACUGCUGUGCGGGACGAGUUCCUGCGCUUGCCAGCGGAGACUUACACCGCUGACCACGAGAUCAAGAUCCUGGAAGUCGUCCCUCUUAACGCCUCAAAUGUGGUCCUGGGUGGCAGCGGCGAGAACGUCGCUCGCUGGGACGCCCUCGUGGCCGACACACUGAACGCUGGGCUCUCACCACCUCGGGCCAAACCGGCGCCCGACGAUGGCCGGGAGGGCAGGCAGUCCCAGGCGCGGGACCUGUCGGCACGCCUUAGCGAUGUCCGGCUCGCAGACGCAGCUGAAUCUGGUGGCGAAAGCACGCUUGACCGGGAGGCGAGCGCCGACGCCGCCGCCCCCACGGCUGGCGAGCGCUGGGCGGCAGCGGACCCCAGCGCCGCGCUCACCAACGGCACCGAUCCGUCCCCUGCGGCAGAGGAUGGCGUGGAGUACACCCCGCGCGAGCCGAGCGUGAGCAGCCCCGCCUUCCUCUCCCCCGGCACCUCCUCCACAUCCGACCAGGAGUACCAGUCCGGGGACGAAUCCCUGGACACGCGCAUCGAUGGCGACCCUGCCGCCUUUGUGCAGGUUGCCGCGCGGCAGCUGGUGGGCAUCUACCUCUCCAUCUGGGUGCGAGCCUCCCUGCUGCCUCACGUGCAUGGCAUCCAGAUCCUGUCGGUGGCGACAGGCAUGAUGGGCUACCUGGGGAACAAGGGCGCGGUGGCCAUCCGAAUGCGGCUGUACGACACCGGUGUGUGCUUUGUCAGCUCCCACCUGGCCUCGGGCGAGAACCCUGGCGAUGAGGCAAAGCGCCACUACGACCACGCGGAGAUCCUGAGGCGGGGCUACUUUGGCGACGCCACCACCGCCUCGGUCGCGAGGCCCACCCUGGGCGCAGCCACCGGGUCCCUGACCCCAGACGUGCAGCGGGUGGCGGGCCCUGCAGUCCGGGGCGGGCACUGGGGGCCCGCCCUGUCGCACAUGAUGGCCACGCAGCACGUCUUCUGGAUGGGGGACCUGAACUACCGCCUGCAUGGGGGCGGGGCGGGGAGCACGACCAUCCUCAAAGCCAUUGCUGAAGGCGAGCUCGAGUCCCUGCUGGCCAGGGACCAGCUGCUGCAUGCCAUGCGCAGCGGCGCGGCCUUUGCCGGCUGGCAGGAAGCCCCCAUCCGGUUCCCCCCGACCUUCAAGUUCAAGCGCGGGUCGCCGCGAUAUCUGGGGCAGGAGGGCGAGGGCAGCGCCAGCCCUGGCCUCGGCACGGCAGCAAACCUGGCAAGCAGGGCAGCAGAGGAGGGUGUGGCUUCCGUCCCCCCUCUCAACGAGGCUGGCAAGGCUGGGACCCCACCGGAGAGGCCGCGAACGCCGGCCUGGACGGAUCGCAUCCUGUUCAAGAGCCAGACCCCGCACCUCAUCAAGCAGACAGCUUACAUGUCGGCGCAGGGCAUCCAGCUGUCAGACCACAGGCCCGUCAGCGCCGCCUACCUCCUCGUCGCUCACGAGUAUCUGCGGCACGAGAUUGAGGCAGCGAUCGACGUCGCGCGGCGGCUGGUGGACGCCAAGGAGAUGGCGGCCACGCCGCACUGCCAGCUGUCGCCGACGUCCGUGGACCUGGGGGUCCUGGGCUACAACGAGGCCAAGGAAGUGGAGCUGACGCUGCGGAACGAGGGCCAGGCCCCAGCCAUUUUCCAGGUGGUCCCUACGCCCGGCGGCCAGAGCUGCCCCUGGCUGGAGGUCGUGCCCUCCCAGGGCUCUGUUCCAGCCGGCGGCCGCCGCACCGUCGCGCUGCGCGCGCUGGUGUCCGGUGGGCCAGGCGGCUGCGCGGACGCCCUGCUCUCCUCCCGGGCCUGCUCGCUGGAUGCGGUGCUGGUGCUGCGCGUCGCGCGCGGGAACGACAUGUUUUUGGCCGUGGGCGGCGCCUACCGGCCCUCCUGGAUGGGCCUUCGGCCCCGCACCCUGGCGGAGCGGGGGCCCUACCCCAUGUCCAAGCUGUGGCAGGCGGGCAAAGAUCUGGCGCGCCUGAUCGAGGCGCUGGAGGAGGAGGAGGCGCUGGGCACCCCCGGCCUCUUCAUGGUGGACGCGUGCGAGCUGGCCCCGGGGACGGCCGACCCCGAGCCCUUGGCGGCCAUCCGCGAGGCGCUGGACCGCGGCGCGGCGGCCUGGCCACGCGGCGUGGGCCCGCGCGACCUGGCCGCCGCACUGCUGGCCGCGCUAGCGGCGCUGCCGGAGCCGGUGUUGCCGGAGGGCGCCAAGGCGCUGUGCGACGUCGCGUCCCACACCACCGCCGCCACGGCCAUGGGCGUCGUGCGCGGCUCCCUGAGCGGGCCGCGGCUGGAGCUGUUCGAGCGCGUGCUGGGACUGCUGCGCGCCGCGCUGGCACCGCGCCGCGCGGAGCGCAACGGCCUGGCCCCCGCCGCGCUGGCGGUGGUGCUGGCGGAGGUCAUUGACCUGGGCACAACCUACUCCUGCGUCGGCAUCUGGCAGCAUGACCGUGUGGAGAUCAUCCCCAACGAGCAGGGUAACCGUACCACGCCCUCGUACGUGGCCUUCACCGACACGGAGCGCCUGAUCGGCGAUGCCGCCAAGAACCAGGUCGCCAUGAACCCCAUCAACACUGUGUUCGAUGCCAAGCGCCUGAUCGGCCGCAAGUUCAACGACGGCAACAUCCAGCACGACAUCUCCCACUGGCCCUUCAAGUCCUUUGUGGGCGCCGACAAGGAGGUGAAGAAGGCGGUGGUCACCGUGCCCGCCUACUUCAACGACUCCCAGCGCCAGGCGACCAAGGACGCCGGCGUGAUUGCGGGCCUGGACGUCAUGCGUAUCAUCAACGAGCCCACCGCCGCCGCCAUCGCGUACGGCCUGGACAAGAAGCACGCCACCACCGGCGAGCAGAACGUGCUCAUCUUUGACCUGGGCGGCGGCACCUUUGAUGUGUCCCUGCUGACGAUCGAGGAGGGCAUCUUCGAGGUGAAGGCCACCGCGGGCGACACCCACCUGGGCGGCGAGGACUUUGACAACCGCCUGGUCAGCUUCUUCGUCCAGGAGUUCAAGCGCAAGAACAAGAAGGACAUCAGCGGCAACCCGCGCGCGCUGCGCCGCCUGCGCACUGCCUGCGAGCGCGCCAAGCGCCAGCUCUCCUCCUCCACCCAGGCCUCCAUCGAGAUCGACUCCCUGUACGAGGGCAUCGACUUCUACUCCGCCAUCACCCGCGCCCGCUUCGAGGAGCUGAACAUGGACCUGUUCCGCAAGUGCAUGGACCCGGUGGAGAAGGUCAUCCGCGACGCCAAGAUGGACAAGGGCCAGAUCCACGAGGUGGUGCUGGUCGGCGGCUCCACCCGUAUCCCCAAGGUCCAGACCCUGCUCCAGGACUUUUUCAACGGCAAGGAGCUGUGCAAGAGCAUCAACCCCGACGAGGCCGUCGCCUACGGCGCCGCCGUCCAGGCGGCCAUCCUGAACGGCGAGACGCAUGAGAAGGUGCAGGACCUGCUGCUCCUGGACGUCAUCCCCCUCUCCCUGGGCCUGGAGACCGCGGGCGGCGUGAUGACGACGCUGAUCGCGCGCAACACCACCAUCCCCACCAAGAAGGAGCAGGUGUUCUCCACCUACUCCGACAACCAGCCCGGCGUGCUGAUUCAGGUGUCGUAA